CUACGGCUGCACCCAUAAAAACCUAAUAUAAAGAAUCCCUUCCUUCUACUCUUCCGCCGCUUCCAAUCUCCAACGCCGCAGCUUUACCUCCUUGGCUUGGCAGAGCAGGUCGAGUUGCAAUCAACUUUUUCUAAGCAAUGGCUGUCAUUUUUAACGACGUCAAUUCGCCAGCCGGCAUCAAGAAACUUGAUGAGUAUCUGUUAACUCGCAGCUACAUUAGCGGGUAUCAAGCUUCGAAAGAUGAUCUCGUUGUUUACACAGCACUGGAGGCACCUCCAUCAUCAAACUAUGUGAAUGCAUCACGGUGGUACAACCACAUCGAUGCAUUGCUGAGGAUUUCUGGUCUUUCGGGUGAAGGAAGUGGCGUAACUGUGAAGGGAUCAGCUGCUCCCUCUGUUGCAACGCCGCCUGCUGAUGACAGCAAGGCCACAGCUGCUGACGAUGACGACGACGAUGAUGUGGAUCUAUUUGGCGAGGAGACUGAGGAAGAGAAGAAGGCUGCUGAAGAACGCGCAGCUGCUGUCAAGGCUUCUGGAAAGAAGAAAGAAUCUGGGAAGUCUUCAGUGCUGUUGGAUGUCAAGCCAUGGGACGAUGAGACUGACAUGAAACAGCUUGAAGAAGCCGUCAGAAGCGUGCAGAUGGAGGGUCUUCUUUGGGGAGCAUCCAAACUUGUACCGGUUGGGUAUGGCAUCAAGAAGUUGCAGAUUAUGAUCACCAUUGUUGACGACUUGGUCUCUGUCGAUACUCUCAUUGAAGAUUAUCUCACGGCUGAGCCGAUUAAUGAACAUGUUCAGAGUGUGGACAUUGUUGCCUUCAACAAAAUUUAAUAUGGAUAGAUGUGGAUCCAAGUUGCUGCCAUUUUUAUUUUGGGAUUUUUAUCUUGGCAGUUUUGGUCACUUGUUUUGGAGUUUGGAUCAUUUUCUCAACCAACAUUUGAGAGGAAUAACGUUAUUAUUAUCAUUGGAUUUAUGAAAUUUUAGCAGACUUUGCUUUAA